AAGCAGGAGGCAGAUACAGCGCGACAGGGGCUUCGUUGAGAACUGAUCCGAGCCUACACAUUUUUCUCCUUCCCAGGCCAAAUAUUCUGAUAUGAAGACGGCCAUACCGUAGUAAAUAUAUAUCGAAAGUACUUAUAUAAAGAAAUGACAACUGGUGGUUUGACGCAUACCACCAACAGAGGAAAAGCAUAUUGCUAGUGCUUCCUAAUUGCGAAACUAACAGACUUUGUUCAGUUAGCAAGCUAGCCUAGAUGGCUUCUGCUGCUGGAGCUGAAUUAAGGGCUACCGGCCCUAGUGAGGGGACCUCCGCCGGGGCAUUACCUAGUGGUCGACCGCCACUCCGUUCUCAUCACCUCUACGCAACAACCACCGCGGGAUCCCCCGGAUCUCUCAUGGUGGAGUCUGUGGACGAUGCGGAGGGCCUUUACGUCGCUGUGGAGAGAUGCCCUCUCUGCAACACAGCCAGGCGCAGGCUGACCUGUGCCAGAUGUAUCCAGGCAGGGGACUUCGUGUACUUUGACGGUAGAAACCCAGAACGGUACACCGAAAAAUUAGAGAAACUCAAACUGCUGAGGAAGGAGAAAGAACAACUUCAACAGAGUGUUAUCACAGCCAUGGAUAGAAAAGUUCAGGCUGAUCAGCUGAAAUGGAAGAUUAUGUCGUGCAAGAUGAAGAUUGAACAACUAAAGGAGGCCAUCUGUGGAGGGAACGAGGAGGUCAAGAGUGGUAAAGAGCUGCAGCUGCGCUCCCAGGAGGAGAGCCAGAGGCUGCAGCGCCGGGCCAGCCGCCACCAGGAGAAGAGGGACAAGAUUGACCGGCACAACCGGCGCCUAGGGGAGCUGCUGGAGAAGAGGGGCCGCGAGCUGCAGGCUCGGCUGGAGCUCCUGGCGGAGGUCCGCAGGGGACACAUCCUGGAGCUCACCACACACAUCUUCCUCACUCAGGAGGACAAGCAGGGAAGCAGAGACCCUGCGGACGUGGCUGCAGAGUGUGACCUUGCGCUGACCUCCAGCACAGUAAGCGAGCUGGCAGAGGCCAGGAGGACCACCUACCUGUCUGGCCGUUGGAUCUGGGAUGACCAGAAUGGAGAAACCAGCAUCAGCAUCACUGGCCCGCCUGUCACCCUGCCUAGCAACGGAGACUGCUCAGCCUACUACACUUGGGUGGAGGAAAAGAGCACCAAUGAGGGGCCAGAGUUGGACCACAUAAACCCGGCCCACACCAUCAGUGCUGCACUUUGCUACGCCACCCAGCUUGUCAACAUCCUGUCACAUAUUCUGGAUGUCAAUCUGCCUAAGAAGCUCUGCAACAGUGAGUUCUGUGGUGACAACUUGAGUAGAUACCGCUUCACUAGAGCUCUCACCAAGCUCAACACCAACAUCCUGCACCUGUGCUUCUCCCAGCAUGUGGACAGUGAACUGCUGCAUCCCCACCACACCCUCAGGAACAUCAUGUUCCUGGUCUCCUCUGACAACAGGAACCUGGGGAGGACGGGUCCGUACGAAGUCAGUGCUGACCUGGAAGACUCCAUGGAGUUUGUUGAGCCGGAGGCGGCCGGGCCUGCGGAGGAGAGUGGCGAAGAGGCGGUGACAGAUGAGGAGACGGACCUGGGGACAGACUGGGAGACGGUUCCGAGCCCCCGCUUCUGCGACAUCCCCUCCCAGCCCAUGGACCUGUCCCAGAGCACGGCCAUGCAGGUGUCCCAGCCCGGGGCCAAUGCUGGGGGCAUGAUCUCCUCCGCCGCAGCCUCUGUCACCUCCUGGUUCAGGGCCUACACAGGCCAGCGCUGACUGGGAGACUGGCUAGGCUGGGCCGGAACAGAAACAGGUUGUUGUGUACUGGCGCUCAAAAGCUGCUGGGCUUUGUUCUAGAACUACUGUAGAUUCUGGUCGGCUGGUCAAUGAAUUGACCUUGGAUCAGGUCUUGGCUGGUUGAAGCUAUGCAACAACAUACUCAUACAGAGCCAACCUGACAUGGCCUUAUGUUCUCUGGUCUGGCCUGGCCUAGCAUGAUCUGCUUUGCUGUAGCUUUUCCUGUCCUAACCUACACACUAAGAAGGGAAAAGAGAGUUUGUUUCUACUAGCCUGCAUUAUUGAACACUUUGUAGGCUUGAUGUCAGAUGAAUGUCCCUGAAGUAGUAGUGUUUGACUGGGGCUCUGACUAUUAAUCUGUUUGGACGAAGGCCUUGCUAGUGGAGAGAGCGAAUGAGAGCUGGUGGCCUCCAUCUCUGUUUCGCUUUGUAGAUGGUCAGGCCCUUAAGGACUUAGGAGCCAGUGUGUCACAAUGUAGGAAUCUUAUUGUGCUCCUUCUGCAACACCCUCAGAGGCUGAAAGAGGAUCUGCUCGACUGAUGCCAUCAUUUUCUGUUAUUCCUUAAACAUGCAAGUAGGAAGGAGGAAGUUGUCGGUCAGGAGAUGCAUGUGAUUGGAUGUCAAAAUGUGUUAAUUGUUCAUCAUGUUCCUUAGUCUUGAAAUCUUUCCAGUUUAUUUGGUUUGUCUUCAUAUGACAUCUGAAGAGGUUAUGGAAAGUUGUUCAGUUGUCAGACUAAAGCCAAACAAGGAACUUUCUGGCUGGACGGGUCCUCGCUCGAAUAUGAAAAGGCAAUUUUUACAAUUGUCUUUACCUUUUACAUGUUGUUUACAAAACCUGAUCCUGAUGGGACAGGACAGAUGGCUGACCAUUUAGAGUCAGAGUAACAAUCAUAUUAUUUUACUGUUCCAGGAGAGAGUUACCACCCUGUAAGUCUUUUACGGCUGUCCUAGUUGUAACUGAACAAAAAUAGCUCACCAUCAAGCUCAUAACAAAAAUCUGGUUUACUAGAUCAGUUUUGGGUUGUUGCUAUUCACUGACAAGGUUGGGCUAAAGUAGCCUGAAACUGGAAGCAGCUAGUGGGCUUGUGGAAUGGAGGUUCUGUGAGUCUUAAAGAUGGCUCUGAAACAGCCCCCAAGGAAGCUACCUAAAUCAUACCAACUGACUGACUUCAAGGAGGUACGGUAUGUUGUGCGAAUGUAUUUUGGAUUUGCAAAAAUGCAUCUAAAGGGGACAAGUCUCAUCUUGUGGAUCUGCAAUACCACUCCAGGUGGUUCUUUUAUAUUUUCAUGGGAAAAUGGGUGCCUAAAAAUGUAAUUUUUGGUUUAGCAGUUAGACAGACAGAACAUCUUACAUGCCGUUUUAUCCUCUGACUCUGAUGUUUUCGUUUUUUUAUUCUUGACUAUUUACAGCACUUCAGAACUUUGAAAACAGUGACACAUCUGUCACUUUCCCUGUCACCACCUCAUAGCUCGUCUUGUCCCAGCAUUCUGGAACAACAUGGGAACUCAGUUGGUUUCUUCUGUUAUUUUAGCUAGGGAUUUGUGUGGAAUGCCUUUCAAAACAUGUUGAAUUAUGCACACGCGGCAUUUACAGUAUAAAUGUCACCCAAAGCAAUAUUUGAAUAGAAAAGACCUUUGCAAGGAUCUUGUAUAAUACUAGUAAAAUGUGAAUGGAUGAAUACUUGUUUUUGUUGACAUAAACAUCUGAUUCAAACCUGUGGUCUUUUUAGUAUGUAAAAAAAAUCUCCAAUGCUCUGUGAUUCAUAUGAUUAUCACUACUAUCUCAUUGCAGGACCUAAUAGAAAUUGACUGAAAAACUUUUGAAUAAAAUGAUGGUGCCGUCACUGUUACAUGUCAGUGGCUAUGCACAUAUGACAAUGAUUAUUGGAGUGCUGGCCCUCUUUAAUGAGAAACACUGAAAUCUAAACCUCACUAGAGACCAGAGUACUGUGCACGCCCCCCACACCCCCCAUCAGUUGUUCUAGCCUGAGUCCCCACCCCCCAAAAGAAACACCCACCAACUCCACCAACCGGUGUGUAGAGCACAAGAAUAAAAUGGUUGAAACGUUUCCAUGUCUUUUAUUAAGUCACGUUCUGGAAAGGAAAAACAUUCCCUUUCUCUUGCAUUAAGGCUUGCAGCCAGGAUUUCCCAUGUUGUGAAACGCCACUUAGCUUUACCUGCCAAUCCUGCCAGGAAAGGGGCUCUAGGGCCACAUAAUCCUUGUUUGUAGCUCCAAGAUGUCAUUUCAAUGUAGAAUCUCUAUAAAAGUUAGUCCAGUGGUAGGCAUCAUUUUCAUCUGUAAAACAGUCCAUUGUGGUCAUGUGAGAUGUGGGACUUCGCCUUCACAUAGUUUCAUAAAUAUUGUCUUCCUCCUCCACCAAACGCUUGUUAAUCUCAGGAAAAUUCUCUUUAGUUUGGUUAGAAAGAGUGCAAAUUAUACAAUGAUAAUCGGGGUGGUCAGCUUCUUUUCCAGGGCGUAAAGUAAUAUUUACGAUUACAGGUAAGAACGAUAUAUAAAUGUAUCGACCCCCCCGAACUGUUGUUUUUACGUCUUUUGGGGGGGUCCAAGUCUUAAUUAGUCAAGCCCCCCUGUAAUUCAAACCCUGGACUCUAGAGCUCUGCUUUGGAGGGUACGACUCAAUACUUUUUGCUACUUUGUAGUAACUUUUUGCGGCCAGCGUUUCUGGAAAUGAACAAGGGGAAAACCUUUUAUAGACCUGACUAAUUGCAAUUUAAGACAUCGAAAGUUCCGAAUUUUAGACUUUUUAAGACCCAGCGGCAACCCUGUACUGCAGUAGACACGUCGAAUGUCUGAACAGCUUUCACUUCCACUACAGCGACAGGAACUAUGCAUAGACUUGUUUGGGGGUGUAUUCGUAAGUUGUCUUAGGCACAGAGGCCUCGCUACAGUUCAGACUGAGAAAAUAAACAGCAGAGCAGUUUUACAGGAACAUAAAACCUCAAAUAAUGCGCUUUAUUGGAGUAAAAUUACGGACAGCAGGGAUUGUAUAACAAACUUUAAAAUAGGAAAAAUAAGUUUUUUCCCCCCAUAUACAGUCCUCCUUAUUCUCUUUUGUUCAAAAAAUUGUCCAGUUAAAGUCAUUGUAAAGCCCAGGUGCUGAGACCUAUCCUUUCCAUUGGAGGAAAACAGCACAAGGAGAUAUCCGAGUAAAGCAAGAUGACACCCAGCAGAGAGACCAGCGGUUAAACAACGGAAAACUCCACCCCAUAAUAGUAAAACAACCAUCCGAUUCAUUAAUAUAUGCAUGAGUGGGUGAGAAGGAAAAAAAAAAAAGUAUUUAUUUCAAACCAACU